AUGUCGGAGUCAAAACGUUUUAAACGUGAAUCUAUAACAUUUGAAUAUUUGCCCAAUGAAGUUUGUGUUGAAGUUUUCGGUUACUUAAAUGGUGUCGAUACUGUCUAUGCUUUUUCAUCACUUAAGCUCCGUUUUCAAUCUUUAAUAAACAAUUAUGUCGAUAUUUUUAAUUUUAAAUCUGUAAGUAAAAAGAAAUUUUGUUUUGUUAUUCAACAUCGUAAUAUAAAACGAUGGCGAUCAUUAUGUCUUUCGAAUAACGAUGAUACACCAGGACAAAUAAAACUAUUUUGUCAGUUAUUUCCAUCUACAAAAUAUAUUCAUCAAUUACAAUCAUUAACUAUUUUGAAUACACAACGUACCGACACAGAGAGAUUUUUAUUACAAGUUCCAUUAUUCAAUAAUCUUGUUUCACUAUCUAUUGAGAACGUUUGUGGAGUUAGUAUUCAAACAAUUAACUUGCCAAAAUUACAACGAUUAACUCUUACUUCAUGUAAAUAUACAAGUUGGUUAAUGAAUUGUUCAUCUCUAAAGAGUCUUGAAUAUACAAUUAGAAAAAAGAAUUGUUCACACAGAGAUAAACUAGUGUUUCCAAAAACAAUAACACGACUUAAAAUAUAUUAUAAUGAAUAUUCAGAUGGAAAAGAUAUUCGAGGAUUAUUACGUCAAAUGCCAAAUUUAACAAUACUUGCGUUAUUUGAUAAUUCAGGUUAUCAUCUAUUGCCAAAUGGUAAAAUUUGGGAAGUACUUAUUACAUCAUGUUUGCCAUUAUUAAAAUCUUUUCAAUUCUAUUUUUCAUUUAAACAAUAUCCUGUUUUACUAAAUGAUUUAAAUGCAAUGAUAGAGACAUUUUCUACACCAUUUUAUUUAUUAGAAAAACGUUGGUUUGUUCGAUGUCAUCGAGAUCCAGAAAGAACUUGUUACGGAUUUCUUUAUUCUUUACCUUUCGCUUUUACACAACUACUAAUGAAUGCAUCGGCAUAUAAAACAAGUAUUUCUACAUCACCUGUUGAUGAUAUUAACCAAAUUAAAAAUAAUCAUUAUGCAAAAGUAAAUACAUUAAUAGUGAAUGGAGUACGUGAAGAACCACCUAUUUACUUGCUUCCAUCGAAUAUCAUUUGUCUUACACUCAAUGAUAAACUUUCAAAAAGUUGGCUUUAUUUAUUAAAAGAAUUACGUUAUUUACAUAUUGAAGACCGUGCAAAUAUGUCAUCAAAUGAUUUUGUACAAUUACUUGAACAUACACCUAAUCUUCAAUCAUUGACAAUUUCGAUUGAAGAAUUAGAAAAACUAACCAAUAAAUUAAAACAUAAAAUUGCUUGUGAAUAUCUAUCAGAACGAAUUAAAUCAUUAACUAUAACUAGUUCUGACUAUAGUUUAUGUAGACCAGAUUCAGGUCAUGUUACUAUACGUGCACUUUCUUUGCUUACUCGUAUUUUAUCAUCAAAAUGUGAACAUUUAUCAUUAGCUAUAAAGGCGAAUCCAAAUAGUGUUCGUCCAAUAUUACAACGCAUGACACAAUUACGUAGUUUACAUAUUCAAUGGGCACGAGAAUUCACCGUAUCAGAUUGGUUUCAAGAACAAUCAACAGAUUCUACAGCUUUAGAUUUUGUUCAUAUAAAAGAUAAACAAGAAUUUUUUAUAUGGUUUGGAAAUCAUUUUUAA